UUAAUUGCUGAGAUGUGGAAAUAUUGUAAAGGAUCCAUUUUAUCUCUUGUAUUUAGUGUCUGUUGGUCCUUUGGUUGAGGCGUCUUUGGUAGCUGUUCCCUUUGUGUCAUUGUUAUAGUAAAGCUGGUUAAUGGGUGAGUCAGGCAACCUUGAGGGUUGAUGCAUAUUUUAGAAACUGUUAAAAAGAAGUUUUAAAAUAUGCUUUAUUUUUUGUAUUUCAGCCCUUUGUCAGCUGCUGUUUUGCCUUUAUUGAUUGUGUUGCCUUUUUAUUUAUUAAGGUGUUUGUAUAUUUCCUGGGGUGAAAUUUCCCAGGUGGCAAUGUUGGAUCAGUUACAUUUUUGUUUCUUCUUUAUCAUAUUGCAUACCCUUAGUGCCGACCCCCCCUCCACCUUGCCACAAUAGGUAGAGAGGUGUAAAGUUGUUCAUGUUAUCUCUGUUCAACAAACACCCAGUUAGCCCUUUUGAUAACUUGUUUGUUGAUCAUUUUGGAAUGUGAUGUGAAAGAAAGAGGGCAUGUAGCCAAGUAUGGUGUUGGAGGAGGGCACACUUUUAAAUCAGUUCUCACCACAUGCUUGCACUGAGACAAGGACAGUAGUCCAAUUAAAUUACCUGAUCUGUCUAAAACUGUGGCCUUACUUACAACUGCUGUUGGUAGUUGUGAUAUAAACACUAGUUUGGAGAGAGAUUUUGAAUUUCUACACUACCCCACCCCACCCCACCAGAUUUCCCCUACUUCUCAUGCUUGUUCUAUGAGGAAGUAGUGUCGGUUUCCCAGCCAAUCAGGACAACCUAGUAAGGGCCGCCAGUCGACUAAUCAGGACAGAGGGUUGAAGAGUAGCUCUGAUUGGUCUGUGAUAACAGGAACCAAGGGGAAUAAUAACAUUGCUUGAUACAAAGGCAUUGAAAAACAGAGGUUUGGCCAUAAUCUUAAACUACUUAAAUUACAGAUGAGUACUGAUGGGUAUUAUGUCCUUUUCUCCAAACCAAGCAGAAAAAAAAGUACAUUUUUUUUUUCUUUACCAUUCCUACCAACAGUAGCUUUAAAAGUGCAUGGAAAAAAAGUGAUUGUAAUGCAAACUGUCUGUUCCACUCAGCUGGUCAUGUGACAGAAAAAGUGAAAGCAAAAUCCAUAGAAAUCCCUCAAAUUUAAAGAGGAGCAACUGCAGGGUGCACAGCUUUUGUGCUCUCAGCAGUGUGUGUGCGCGUGCUUGUAUGACCCUGCUGCGGUCGCGCGAUGAGGGCAGAGGAAGAAGAACCAGCGUCACACUGACGAGGUCCGUGAGGCGCGUUACCAUUCAGCACCGCGUCUUCACUGACAGUCAGCUCAACAAGCUGCGGUCACUGCAGACGCACGGAUACCAGCAGAAACUGACACAGUGACACCUGUGAGUGUGAAGGAUGUCUGAGAGCACCGAGAAUGAGGAUUGCGACGAGCUGCACUCCUCUGUGGAUGACGACGAUGAACUUCUGAGAUACAUCUGGAGGGAAUACUUACACCCCAAGCAGUAUGAAUGGGUCCUCAUCGUGGCUUACAUUAUUGUGUUCUUCGUUUCUCUGAUCGGAAACUCUCUUGUUUGUUUUGCAGUGUUGAAAAACCGUCACAUGCGCACUGUGACCAACUACUUCAUAGUGAAUCUGUCCUUGGCUGAUGUGCUGGUCACCAUCAUCUGCCUGCCUGCGAGUCUCGUGGUGGACAUCACAGAGACGUGGUUCUUUGGAAACACGCUCUGCAAAGUUGUGCCUUAUCUGCAGACCAUCUCUGUUUCUGUAUCAGUCCUGACACUGAGUUGCAUCGCCCAAGAUCGCUGGUAUGCUAUCUGCCACCCGCUGUUGUUCAAGAGUACUGCAAAGAGGGCUCGCAAGAGUAUUGUCGUCAUCUGGGUGGUGUCGUGCAUCAUUAUGAUUCCUCAGGCUGUUGUGAUGGAGUGCAGCAGCCUUUUGCCUGAACUUACAAACAAGACCAGCCUGUUCACAGUGUGUGAUGAACACUGGGGAGCUGAGAUCUACCCGAAGGUGUAUCACACCUGUUUCUUCAUCAUCACUUACUUUGCACCGCUGUGUCUCAUGAUCCUGGCGUAUAUCCAGAUAUGUCACAAGCUGUGGUGUCAACAGAUUCCUGGAAGCACCUCCGUGCUGCAGAGAAAGUGGAGGUCAAUGCAGUGCUCAGCCUCCACUCCAGUGCAGGGAGAGCCUGUGAGGGUCCGCACCAGCACGGUCUGCGCAGAGAUCAAACAGAUCCGAGCACGACGCAAGACGGCCAGCAUGCUGAUGGCGGUGCUCUUUGUUUUCGCCCUGUGCUACCUGCCAAUCAGCGUGCUCAAUGUCAUGAAAAGAGUCUUUGGGACAUUCAAGAAAACAAAUGACAGAGAGAAAGUGUACGCGUGGUUCACCUUCUCACACUGGCUCAUUUAUGCCAACAGUGCAGCGAAUCCAAUCAUCUACAACUUCCUCAGCGGUAAGUUCCGCAAGGAGUUCAAAGCAGCUUUUUCCUGCCACUGUUACAAUAAAAGCCCAAAUCGAACAAAGAGGAUAAGAGCCAGAGCGAGCACAGAGAGCCGUAAAUCCCUGUCUACUCAAGUCAACAACAUGGACAAUGUGUCACGCAUAUCAGAUCAGAUCGUGUAGUCGAAGCGGCAAAUUAAUCCUAACCUGAAAGGACACGCUCAUUGUUAAAUAAACCAUUAAAGUGUCUACACCAGCUGAUAAAAAAAAAAGACCUUCGGAUGAAGAGGAUUUCUCAGAAGUAUCGUUUUGUGAUUCCAUUCGGACGCUUUUUGGAGAUGAAGUGCUUUAAAAACCUGACCUCUGUUUUCUGAGGAACUUCUCACUUUUACAAGCUCACCAACACGGAGAGAACAUGACAACCUCUUGUAAAUCACAGAAGAUAUAUUUAUUAUGAUUCACCAUUUGAAUGUGAAGUAUUUGAUUACUCAGAUGUCCUUUAUGAUGUACAGUGCAGUGACAUGGUUUGCACUCAUGUAUUGUAUUGUUCAUGUAAUAUUUUGAAUGUUGAUCUUUAUCUUUGGUUCAGUGGCUUGAAUAUGUAUUGCAGAUUCUUAUUUAUUGUAUCACUGUUGAUGGGAUGUUUAUUGAUAUUUUUGUCUUAUGGGUUUUUACAAAGACUGAGGAGCAGAACUAUAAAGAAAACCUCUGAUGAUGCUCA